CAAAAAAUUGGUGAAAAAAACGUAAAAUGGUUUGCGAAAAAUGUGAAAAAAAGCUUGGUAAAGUAAUAACACCGGACCCGUGGAAGUCAGGUGCUCGCAAUACAACAGAGGGAGGAGGCAGGAAAGUUGGUGAAAAUAAACUACUCACACAAAAAAAGAACAGGUUUACACCAUACAGCCAAUUUGCUAAAUGUCGUAUUUGUAAGACAACAGUUCACCAACCUCACUCAAAAUAUUGCCAAGGUUGUGCUUACAAGAAAGGUAUUUGUUCCAUGUGUGGCAAGCAAGUAUUGAACACAAAGGAUUAUCGUCAAACAUCAGUUUAACAUGACAAUCAUAAAAUUUAGAUAAAGUUAGAUAAGUACAUUUGCCCACCAGGUUUGAGAGAUGACAUGUUUAAAUGGAUAUCUCUAAAAACAGACAGACCUAAGCAAUUUGUUAUAUAACUUUGGUGGAGACCUAAAGCUGGUGUACAAGAAUAAACAGCUGAAUAUGCAAUAGAAGCAGCAUAUCUACAAAAGCUAUUGUAAAUACAUUUUUUUGUCUUUGAAAUUUUUACCUUUCCAGUUUGUUGUACAAAAUAAAAAUGAAAGUUGACAGAUAUAAUGAUGAAGUGACAUUGAAACAUUAUUGUAAAGCUGUUAGUGAACAUGCAUGGCUGAAAAUGUGAUUAGAUUAUAGGUAUACUUACCUUGAAUCUUUGAUUCUCUCAUCUAUCCUGUCAACAAUGUAGUGAGGUGUAGUCCAGUGUGGAUGCAACAGUCAGCAUGGUGAGGUAACUAGAUAUAGGAUUUGGCAACUUGAGUUGAGGCAGAUGUAAAGAAUAU